AUGGCAGCGUCCGAUUCUGUAUCAUCAAAUCAAUGUUCUAACCUUGGUUAUGCACCAAAAAAUUUAAUGUGUUCAAGUUGUAAUGAUUUAAAACAAUUUAAAUUGGGCGAAUUAGAAGAUUCAUGUCGACAAUGUUGUGUAAAUGAUGAAAGUGAACAAAAUGAAGCAGAAGGAAAACCUAAAUAUCAUCGAGCUGUUCUUCAAUUUCCAGCGUUCAGUGUUCAAUAUGCACGUGGUGCUGAUCCAAUACUUAAUCUAUUUAAUGAACAAGAUGAACAAGUUGAAUCAAUGGGUAUUGAAAAAUGGGAUACGGAUACAUUAAUAGCAUUCCUUGAAGAAAAUUUGGUUCAUUAA